GGAUUUCUCUCUGGGCUCGGGGGCCUCGUGGGGCUGGUCGUUUGCCGCCUCCCCCGACCCUCGGGACCGCGGAGUACGUCUCCAGCGGUCCCGCCUUAUUUUUUCUGCCUCUGGUCGUGGGGCGCUCACCUACAAGCGCUGUACCGCCGACCGGAGCCUCCUCCACGUGGCCGCUGUUCACGGCUGUGAUCUCGCGGACCGCGUGUGUCCGCCGAGUGGAGGAGGGAGCACUACUCUCACGCUCCCUCCCCCUACCCGUUCUCAUACUUACUGCUGUCAGCAUCCUCCAAGGGGUUCCCCAGCCGUUUAG